AAAUAAUGUUGGUGCAAUCGGGUUUAAAUCAUAAAAAUUUCAAUAGUCACGUGAACUUUUGUGAGCUCGUAGUAUCUCGUCGGUGAUCUCAUUAAUCGAGUGGACUCUCAAUUAGUCAAAAGUUGCCCCGAAGGGGCCGAUGUUGCGACUCUCCUCCGAACAGCGGCAGCACAAGGGACGCGGCCCGGGGGUGAGAAGAAGAGGUGCGGUGGGGGCGGAACGACGCACCGCGCCGGUCGAAACUGGGAACGUCAAAUCCGGGCGGGCGUCCAGGACGUUAUCUCCUCUCCAGCCGCCGCCUCUCCGCUCGCGCCCUCGUUAUCGUCGUCGUUUUCUUUCCUCGCCGCUUUCUCGAGGAAUCUGCCGUUUUCUUUCUAAUCUAAUUCCUUCACGUUACCCGUCGACAACAAUCGGAGAUUCUCAAGUUCAAGCUGAUAAGCGGAUACGGCCGGCGAGUGCAUGAUUUUUGCAUUUUGUUAUCCUGCGGCACUCCACCACUCUGCUCCGCUUCACUUCUGUCCCUCCGACACUCGACGCUACGAGAGAGGCUCCGCAAGACUCUUACGACGAGAGUGUGAUGACAAUUCGAUCGUUAAUUAAAUUCGAUCGCUCAGUUUCUUGUCGCCGGAAGAACCGUAUAUUUCGGAGAAUAUAUUCGGAACUUUUCGGUGUGGCCGGAGAAGAAAGAUUCGCGAGCUGCGUUCUCUCGCGGGACGAUUGCUCGAGCGCGGUUUUCCAUCGCCUGUGCCUUUGCCUUUGCCGGAGCUUUGCUCCAGGAGUUGCUGUUGCGCGUCGUUCGUGAGGAAAAGACGACGACGUCGGUGAAGCCUGAGAUACGCGCACCUCGGGUAUGGCGGGUGCCAGGUGUAGCUGACCUGUUUUGUUUACCAUCGACCGUAUCGGCGAUUUAAACGGAUCGUUUUGUCUCCGCAUGAGACGGCGCCGGCGGCCGCGAAGUGAGAAGACGGAGCUUUCAAUCAAAAAUUCGUGACUGGGAGCGGGUUACUAAGUUGUUGAUCUUGUCACGUUUCGUAUUUCAAAAUAUUUGUUAAAUUUCUCACUGUUAAGUCUAUAGAGAAACUCGCAGUUUCCUCGUUGAGUCGAAUUUUGAAAUAUUAAUUUAUUAGAGAUUUUAUUAGAGAGAGAAAGAGAGAGCUUAUAAUUCUCGGAAGUGAUACUGUACGCUGACGUACAUAGGAAGAGCAGCAAGGGCAACGACAAAAGAUAUUACGCUAGGUGGAUGAUACACGGGAACAAUGUUCAAGUGUUGCGUGUGUAACAGCGCGUCGAAGAAGAGCGUUGAGAACGGGGAUGACACGCCGAUCGGAUCGCCCAGACUGUCCACCAAUGGGGACGAGAAUGGGGAUGAGAUUGUAUCCGCGACGAGACCGGACAUGGUGAAUGGCACCGUGCAAAACUCGGAGAAGACAUCCUUGCUAGAGGACGCCUCGCCAGAAGGUAACGAUGUCUCGCUAGCGGAUAAGAAGGCCUCGUUAGAAGAGAAGAUCGCCUCGCUAGAGGAUAAGAUCACCUCGCUUGAGGAUCAGAACAUGUCGCUAGAAGAUAAGAGCAUCUUGCUUGAGGAUAAGGAUGCCUUGCCAGAGGAUAAAAACACCUCGCUAGAAGAUAAGAACACCUUGCUUGAGGAUAAAAACACCUCGCUAGAAGAUAAGAACACCUUGCUUGAGGAUAAGGACGCCUUGCUAGAGAAUAAGAACACCUUGCUUGAGGACAAGGAUGCCUUGCUAGAGGAUAGGAACAUCUUGCUUGAGGAUAAGGAUGCUUCGCUUGAGGAUAAGAAUGACUUCUCGCUACAGGAUAAAAAUAUCUUGCUUGAGAAUAAAGGCGCCUCAUUUGAGGAUAAGGAUGUCUCGUUUGAGGAUAGGGACGCCCUGUUUGAGAGUAAGAGCGCCUCGUUAGAAGAUAAGAACGCCUUGUUAGAGGAUGAGGACGCCUCGCUACAAUAUAAGAACACCUUGCUUGAGGAUAAGAUCGCCUUGCUAGAGGAUAAGGAUACUUUGCUAGAAAAUAAAGACGCCUUGCUAGAGAAUAAGGACGUCUCGCUAGAGGAUAAAGACGCCUCGGUAGAGGUAGAGGAUAAGAACGUUUUGCUAGAGGAUAAGGACGUCUCGUUAGAGGAUAAAAACGUCUUUCUAGAGGAUAAGAAUGGCUCGGUAGUUUCCCCAGUUCGCGCUUUUUCCAUUCCGCAGAACGGAAACACCGACGUUGAGGAGAGCUCGAGUUCGACCUCGACGACGAAGGAAACGGUCGAGGAAGCCGGUGAUAAAAUUGACGUUCGGAUCGUCGACGAAAAGGACGACAAGGAUGACAGCAACUUCGAGGUCACCGAAGUUUGGACGGAGGACGUUGACUCUGUCGGUGGUGUUGGUCCCGUCAAAACUAGUCUUUACGACGACGCGUCGGGAUAUAUAGAAAGGACGAUCGAUGACGGACCGGAGGACGAAGGCGAUGACUCGGUAUUCGAAGACGAAAAGGAGAUAGCCAAGAAGGCGCCACCACCAGUUGCCUCGAUGCCACGUUGGCUGUCGGAGGAGGAUGACGGCGAAUACGUCUUGGGAUCUGGAUGCAGCGGUAUGCAGGAACCACCGGCGACGCCCGUCGCCCGCGACGAGUUAGCUUUAAGACGGCACAGAUUCUUCUCCGAUCUGUUGCAAGCUGCGCAGAAUUCGACGGAGCACCGAGUGAGAUUCGACCCGCUAGGACCGAUGGUGCACACCGGUUGCGAGAGUACCGAUAAGGAAGACCAUCUAGAGGAGCUGGUGAACCGAUUGGAAAACGUAACGAAACGACUCGAAAACGUACACUUUGUAGUUAAAACGCAAGACACCGCUGUACAAACGAGCACACCUUCCCCGAAGAGAUCGUCUGUGUCGUCAGAAAGUAAUUUAUCUCUAUCGUCGAGGCCGGAAACUAUUUCACCUGUAAUCAUGUCGAUCGCCGGAUAUGAGGAUAUUUUGGUCGGGCCAGUUAAAGAAUAUUUACAAUUAAGUCAAAAAAUCGGUGGCGAUGUAGCCGCUCAUAGCAAUCUUGUGGAGAAGGCUUUUCAGAUUCAGUUUCAAUUUGUACAAAUGGCGGCGAGUCGUGCUGCACCGGCGAAUCAAUCCGAACAAGUAUCUUUACUAACGCCCAUGUCCGCACAGAUACAACAGAUUCAAGAAUUUCGUGAGAAAAAUCGUGGAUCUCCAUUCUUUAAUCACUUAUCGGCAAUUAGUGAAAGUAUUCCGGCUCUGGGAUGGGUCGCUGUGUCUCCUACGCCAGCUCCCUAUGUUAAGGAAAUGAAUGACGCCGGUCAAUUUUACACUAAUCGUGUAUUGAAAGAUUGGAAAGAAAAAAACAAAAUACACAUAGACUGGUGUAAAGCGUGGGUACAAACGUUGACCGACUUGCAACAGUACGUUCGUCAACAUCAUACAACGGGUUUAGUAUGGGGAAAGAGUGCACCUGCCGGUAUACCUGGUGGUAUACCCCCGCCUCCGCCACCCUCGAUGCCAAUCGGAGAUAUUGCACCGUUAUUAAAUGACGACAGGAGCGCCCUUUUUGCUCAGAUUAAUCAGGGAGAAGAUAUCACGAAAGGUUUGAAAAAAGUCACCUCAGAAAUGCAAACACAUAAAAAUCCUGCUUUGAGGUCCGGACCCGCACCGUUUAAAGCGCCGACAGUUAAUGCAGGAUCGAUGAAAACUGUGUUGCCGGCGAAUGCACCUAUUGACAAGCCACCUGUAUUUACUAGAGAUGGCAAAAAAUGGCUCGUGGAGUAUCACAAAAGUGCGAAUUUAACAAUUGAUAACGUAGAGAUGAACAAUGUGAUUUACAUGUUUCGGUGCCAAGAUAGCACACUUACUAUCAAAGGAAAAAUAAAUUCCGUCGUUAUGGAUUCCUGUCGUAAAUCAUCUGUCGUAUUUGAUUCCCUGGUGUCCAGUAUCGAAUUCGUCAAUUGUCAAAGCGUACAAAUGCAGGUUCUCGGAAAAGUACCUACAAUUUCCAUUGACAAAACGGACGGUUGUCAAAUGUAUUUAAGUACGGAAUCCAUGGGUGUUGAACUCAUCACCAGCAAAUCUAGUGAAAUGAAUGUCAUGGUGCCCAAAGCCAAUGGAGAUUAUAGCGAAUAUCCGGUACCGGAGCAAUUUAAGACCACCAUUAACCAGAACGGUCUGAGUACCAUGGCCGUUGAUUCCCUUGGUUAAAAGCACGAGGAAUUUAUUUAUAUGCAUAGCCUACGUAUCUUCUUAACAAUAUAAUUAAAGGUAUGAUCAUCAAAGAUAUCAAUUUAUUAAUAUUAUUAUUUAUUAUCUUCUGCGAAUAAUGCGCGGUGAUAAAAAUAACAGAUUCAGUACUGUAUGUCUCGCUUAUGUGUAACAGAUUGGCUUCGAUCAUAUAUGUCACUAUGUUCCUGAAUGUGUGAUGAGUUGUACACAUCGAUGAGAUGUUUGAGGAUUUUAAAUUAUAAAAAUGUCAGGCUAACGUGAAUUACAUUGAAUCGUUGAAUUGGAUAUCUUGAAUCAAGAUAAUCGACUUUUGCAAAAUGCUGAACUCCUUUAACGACUGUAAUAUAUCUAGCGGAGUUUAUGGAUUAUUACGGAAUUUCUUUUUCUGUGGAUAGAUAUUUGUAUAUUUUAAGAUCGAAAGUAAGAGAGCAUAACGAAUCGUGUUAAACAUAGUAAAAGGACAAAAGUUUUAUCGUCUUCGAAUCGCUCUUUUAUACAUUUACACCAUUUUUUAUUGUACGAGAAGUUUUGCUCAAACCUGUCGAUGCACAGAACUUGCUGGUACACCAUGGAUGGAAUGAACAUUGUUACAUGUACAGCUAUCAGGAACCAGAUAUAGUAGGCCUCUGAGCAUUACUCCUAAAUGAUGUCGGAUGCCAUCAUCAAUAGUUCGAUAUGCUUUGCUUCUUAACUUUUACUCUAUCGAGUUCAGUAUUAUACGAUAUUUACAGAUGAGAUAAUCGAGAACUGGAAUAGAAGUCUAACAGUGUGACAUUUAACGAGAAUAUGCUAAUACUAAUAUUACUUAGGUAAAAUUACUUAACCCUUUUGGUAUGGAAUAGCGUAAUGAUAUGGGGGGGAAGCAACACUCUGUGUGGCACCAAAAUAAUAGUUUUUCUUACUCUGAGUGCAUAUCUACAGAGCAAAACAAACUUCUUUCUCUGAGCGCAUAUAUGCGCCAACAAUGCUCGAAGAGUUAAGUAAAACUACUUAAGUAAAGUAUUAAAUGACAUUUGCAAUGAAGAACAGUGACAUCAUAAGCAUUUGUUUGUUCUUGUUGUACAACUUGUAAUAAAUACAUAAUUAUUUCAUCUAUUUUUAAUCUAAUAACAGUAUUGUGAAAUUAUUUACAAAAGUUUUAUUUAAAUGUCAAUAUGUACGUAUAUAUGAUAUAUAUACUAUUUUUCGUCGAUAUAAUUUUUGGUGAUGAAUCUGACUAAUAAAUCUAAUAAAGCGAA